UAAUUCGUCUUUUAAUUAAUUCUUAUCUCCUUGCCGAGCGACCCAGACCCCUCGCACCGCGGAUCUGACCUGGCUGACUUUGGGCGGCGCCGCCACUCAUCACGCUGCCGAGCGCCCGAGCCCCCUAGCUCGUCUUCCUCCGAGCGCCUCCACCGCAGAAUAAUACUGCAUUUCCUAAAUGAAGCACAUAUUCAAGAUCAUUGCGGUGCUGGUGGCGAUCUCAGCCUUUUGGGUUGCCCUCCUUGAAACUUCAACGGUUCCUCGCAGUUAUACUUGGUUGCUUCCCAUCUACUUGGUAGUGGCACUUGGAUGCUAUGGCCUUUUUAUGGUUGGAUUUGGGUUGAUGUUCUUCCCCACCUGUCCUCAAGAAGCUAUAUUACUACAACAGGAUAUUGUGGAGGCAAAGGAAUUCUUAGCAAAAAAGGGUGUUGAUGUGGGCUCUGAGUGAGGUCAAUUCUAAUGAUCCGUAUUCUAUGACCAGUCCGAAUCUUCUGGGAUACUGUAGCUAGGAAAUACAUAUGGCAUUUCAGUAUGUUUAGAUAUUUUUGCUGACACAGUUUCGGUGAGUGGUGUGUUAUAAUUCUGCUUUUGUUAGUUUGGUGUAUGACCUGUCACAAUAUUACUACUGUCAGAAAAACAGUUCGAGAUCAAUGAAUGGAUGGUUUGUUAACAAUC